UUGGCUAUCGGUUGCCCGUGAACGUCAGUUGAUAUACAGUAGCUUUCUUGCCGACAUGUCGUGCAUCGGCCAUCGUACAAUUAUUUAAAGGUUUUUUUUAAAGAUGGCGGCGCCCUGUGUCCUAGUCGCUAGCUGUUGCAGCUCGUUGACUACUUGUGAUAUCAUAAAGCAAAUUCUAGGAACGGAGGAACUGCCCGCUGCAUUACCCAUCACAGAAGGCAUUGUGGGAUACCCAUGGUCUAUAGCGAACAAAUACUACACAGCGCAGGUUGAGAUCUGCAGCACACCCGCAAAGACCAUCGGCGACGCUGCAUUUGCUGAUAGACUUGAAGCUGUCAUUCUCCUUUGCGAUGACAAGACAAGCAGUUUCGAUUCAGUCAAGCAAUGGAUGCCGUUCAUUGACCAACUGUCGCCAACCACUCAGAUACUGGCUUGCCAACAAUUCACUCUGACUGGAGAGAUAUCCAGACACACAGCCCAACUGUGGUGUUUAGAUCAUUCCUUUGAGCUAGUGGAGCUGGAACGAGCUGAAGAUGAAGAGGAAGAAGACGAAGACGAGUAUGACAUCACUGGGGUCAAGCGGAUCAUAUCAGCCCUCCAUGCCCACACAUGGUCCAAUCUGGAGUUGAAAGAAAGCAGAGGUAUUUUUGGUCUUCUACAAUCUGAAAUGCUAAAUGCAAGCAAACAGAAUUCCAGUGAAGAGUCCACGCAGCACGGUGCAGUAAACUCAGUACCAGAGACAAAUACCCAUACACAACCCAGGACAGAUGCUGAACCAUCUGAAGUAUUAGUAUGUGACAAAGACAGUGUUGUGUCAAAGAAGAAAUUAGAUAGUGCAGCCUCAAAUGAUGUCGAAGAGAGUAGUACCGCUGGAGAGAAGACUACCCUUUCAGAGGAUACCACAACUGGUGCAGAGUCUAAUUCGUCAGCUGGAGACAGCAGGAGCGACAGUGGAACUGACAGUGCUUCCUCUGGAAAAGGAACAGCCUCAACGCAAGACAGGAUAGACAACCUGCUGAAUGAUGACAUGCAGCUGUUCAGAGCCUUAGGGAGCGAGGACCCCGGGGAGGAAUCCUUCGAAGGAUUAUUUGCAAGGAUGGCGGCCAUGAAAGAGAGGGCAGCAGGUUUGUCUGGAGAGGAGCGCAAGAGGUACGCUGAGAAGGUUGCCGUGUCCUUCUGGAAAGCUCUAGGAGGGGAUGAUGAUGAGGUAGAAGGACUGGAUUCAGAUUAACGCUUGGAGUAUUUGAGAUGCUACAAUGUACACACUUCCAACAAAGAAAAAUCACCUAAACACAAUUUAUUUAUUAUUUCUAUCAUUUUCCAAUGAUUCUUACAGAAUUCAUCAAUGUCAGUACAAGAAUGGUUAACAUUACAAAAUCAUUGAAAAAACUGUAUACAUGUAUAAAAAGUGAAAUGGAAUGUCAUUAUCAGCUGAUGAUUCACUUAUGCUAAGUGAAAAAAGUUUGGUUAUUUAGGGAUGUACAAAUACAAUGAAAUAAAAAUGGACAGCAUUUUGGGAUAAAAAUACAUGUAUGAUGACGAAAGCACAAUAACUGAUAUUUCAAGGAAACAACCGAAACAAAUUGUAAGUAGUCACAAAUUUGAAUAAUGCAACAAAAUUGACUUCAAACUGUUGUACAUAUUUAUUUUAUAACCAUAGUUCAUUGUUUUACCACUUGUUUUCACAAAACUGUAUUUGUAUACAUAAAUCUUGACUAAUCCUUUUGUUUUUAGAUUAUGUGAUGGAGUGACCAAUGCCAUUGAUAACUUUGCCUUUUUUUAGCCGUGGACUACGCUUUGUAACUUUUGGACUGCUCAGAAUUAUUCUACACUAAAGAAAUUUGCUUGAAAAAAAUGACACCAAAUACACCCACCAUUAAAUUUUGUUGUGAAUGGUCAGCCUUCUGCUAUAUGUCAUAUUUUGAUGCUGUUAACAUGAAUUAAUCACUAAAAUACCUCAAAAUCAUAACCUAGUCAUAUCUGGAAACAUGAAGUUCUAGCCACUCAGUAAUUGCUAACAUUGUUUUUACAUAUAAUAAUCCUAUAAUUAAUUCCUCAUGAGGUAUCUUGCUCUAAAGCUAAUACAUUUCUUUUCCUUUUUUUAAGUUUAAAUUAAACAGCCUGCUUCUUUUGACUUUCCGCUUAAAGAUAAUGUGUUGAUGCAAAAUCUGCUUGUUCAAUUUUUAGUGUAAUUUUCAAAGCUUUGAAAUAUUUGAAAUAAAUGUAUGUAAUUAUAAAGAAAAAGAGGAGUACAUUUGUACUUAAAAAUA